GAGUGGUACGAGUCAACUCGAGUCACUCGUAAUUUGAGUCGACGCGAGUCACUCGAAACUCGAGUCGUCAAAAAUUUAACUCGAGUGCAUGUAAUAUAAAAACUACUCGAGUCACUCGAGUGAAAAGCAACUCGAAUCCCAUCACUACCCCGCUCUAGUCGAUCAAUUUCUACCGCUUAUAUACUCUGAUCAAUCUAAGCCAAAAAACAAAUUUUCGAUAACUCUUUAGUUGAUUGUGUUUCUUUUUGUUUUUCUUAUUAUAUUGAUAAAAAUAAAAUUUUCAAAUAAAAUAUUUUAAUUUGAAUAAAAUAUUUUAUCCUUUUUUUUAAAUAAACAUACUAUGUCGAAACUAGGUUCUUUACAUUUUACAAAACCAACCGGUCCCGGUCACAGCGCAACUGUAAUUUUUUUUCAUGGAUCAGGGUCAUCAGGUGCUAAUAUGAAAGAAUGGGUCCGCAUUAUGCAUAAAAACUUCUCAUUUCCCUAUAUCAAAGUUUUGUAUCCAACGGCUCCACUGCAACCUUAUACUCCAUGUAAUGGUGAAAAGAGCAAUGUUUGGUUUGACCGGUUUGAUAUAUCACCAAUGGUCCCUGAAAAGAUUGAAUCAAUUGCUGAAAUUGAGACUGAAGUAAAACGUUUAAUAAAGAAUGAAAAUGAUGUUGGAAUACCAAGCAGCAGAAUAAUUGUUGGUGGUUUCUCAAUGGGUGGAUCACUAUCAUACCACACUGCAUUUAAAUGGGAUACUAAUUUAGCUGGUGUCUUUGUAAUGAGUUCUUUUUUGAAUCAUUAUUCUACUGUAUACCAAGAACUCCAGAAUGAUGUUAGAAUGUCAGUACCGCCUCUACUCCAAAUACAUGGUGAGUCUGAUUAUUUGGUUCCUUUCAAUUGGGGCCAAACUACCUUUAAUCGACUCAAAGAACUGGGAGUGCAGGGAGAGUUCUAUGCCAUGGAGAGAUUGGGGCAUUCAAUUAAUAGGCGAGGGAUGACCAUUGUUAAAGAGUGGAUAGAAAAACAGUUGCCUGAAAAAUAAUUUAAAUUAGAAUAUGUUGUAAAAAAACACGCAUGCUGUGAUAAGUGUAACAAUUUAGUGUGAUAUAACUUUGUGGAAUAAUUUUAUAUUAUAAUGUAAAAAAAGGGGUAUGUAGUAUCUGAAUAUUAAUUACUAUUUAUAAAUUUUAUUAUUUAUUAAUUUAUUUUUUAUUACUUUAGAAUUCUUAUUUAAGAAUUUAAAAUUAGUAAAAAUGAAUUUGUUAUUAUUUAAUUAUGAAGUGGGGUACCUAUGUUAUCACGUGUGGACUAUACAUGUGAGUAUAUAUACUUAAUUAUAGGUAUAAGUGUUGUAAAUAAACAUUUUCAUGAAAACUGUUGGUAAUAGUAUUGUUUCUAUGUGACAUAAUAGGAAGUAACAUGUUGUACAGAGAUGAAAAUAAUUAAUUAAGAAUCUCUAAGUGUUUUAUGCUAUGCUCUUUAAUGGUGCUUUCAUUCUUCUCUAACAAACUUAAAAAUUUUUUGUUUAAGAUAAAUAUGUUGGUAAAUUUAAUUAAAGCACUCAGUUAACACAAAUUUUUCAAUUUUAAAUUAAAGGUACAGUCAUAGAUACAAUAUAGAAAUGUAUAUAAUCCUAGUUCAUGCGCCACUUUUUAUGCUGUCCUAAUUUACGCGUGGAAAUUGCGGGUCACAGCAUUGUAUAUUAUAUGAUUGACAUAAAUCAUAGAUUUUAAAAUUAAAUAUCAAAAACAAAAACUAAAUAUCAUCAUUUUACAAUUUGAUAAAUGGCAAUAAAAUAUUAUAAUGCAUGUCCAA